AUGGCUGCUGUCAACCCAGGUUGCGUGGGGAAUGGUUUUGACCAAGGCUCAUUAGAGCUGGUCAUCGAUACAAUCAGAACGCAAGGAAACUCACUUCUUGAGCUGAUCAACCACAAUGUUUCUGGCCAGCAGUAUGUUGUUGCAGGUCAUCAUGCUAUGCUCAGUGCUCUGGGCCAAGUCCUUGAUACCAUCUAUGCCUGCAUGAUCAAUGUCGCAUCUGAUUAUGGGAGGGAUGACGUUGCAAAUAUAAUCCAUGGUAUUCUUGCUCAGGGAACUCGGGAUAUUACACCAAAGCGUGGACAUUCAUUGAUUCCAUUGCCAGGAAUCGAUGUUCCAUCUCACUCAACACAGCUCCUGCCUGCAGUUGCAUCAUUCCGCAGGUAUCUCUUGGAUAAGUUACAUGAGGAUGGUGUCAACUACGAUGAGCUCAAGCACAUUUACAUCCCAAAUGUUACAGCUAGGCCAUUUGAGGUGUCAAAAGAGUAUCUCGAGGAUGUGUUUAGCAUUACCAGAUCACCUGUGCUAGCAGUCGAAUUGAGCAGAUGGGACGAUAUCCAGGAUAUGCCUCGCCCCCGGCUAACAAAACUUGCCCGGAUUAUCCUUGUUGAACUCCUCGCAUAUCAGUUUGCCUCGCCAGUCCGGUGGAUUGAAACACAGGAUACACUUUUCAGAUUGAGCCCAGUGCGCCGCUUUAUUGAGAUCGGAUCGGUACCAACACUGACAAGAAUGGCAGAGAGAACACUGGAGAUCCAAAAAUACAAGAGGGUAAAUGUCGCCAUACUCCAUGCGAUCCAAGAUGAACUCGAAUUGACCUAUUCAUAUACCCCUGAGUCAAAUGAAGUGAGCUCAGAUGAGGUAGAGCUACUGGGUAUACCUGAAACCGAAACGAUUCAGCACGCACCAAAAGUAGCUGCUUCAGCCCCAUCCCCCAUUACCAUACCUUCUGCUGCACAGGCUAUUACUGAUGCUCCUGUCAAAACUCUAGACAUAGUCCAGGCGCUUAUUGAAUUAAAGAUGAAAAGGACUGCUAGUGGCAUUUCCACAAGUAAGACGAUCAAGGAGUUAUCAAGUGGAAAAUCAACACUGCAAAACGAAAUUGCCAGCGAGCUCCAGAAAGAAUUCAGCAGCAAGAUCCCUGACAAGGCAGAGGAAAUGAGCCUCAGUGAUCUUGCCGCAAAGAUUGGGGUAUUUAAUGGUACAUUUGGGAAGCAGAUUAGCUCACACUUGGCUCGUAUGUUUGCAACCAAGAUCCCCAGCAACUAUACUCAGUCAGCCCUUCGGUCUCAUUUGGAAGCUGCAUAUGGCCUUGGACCCCAGCGGUGUUUGGGCAUUCUUCUCUUGGCAUUGACAAUGGAGCCACCAAGCAGACUCCAAAGCGACACUGAAGUGGAUGGAUGGAUUCGCAAUGUUGCUGAGAUGUAUGGUAGGCGCGAGGGUAUAGCAUACAUAACUGAUCAUUCCCCCGGUGGUGGGGCUGCUGCUGGUCUGGCCAACGCUACCAUCAAUAGCGCUGAGUUUGUCAAGGCACAGGAUGAACAGCGCGCACACAUAUUGUGCCAGGUCGAGGUCCUCGCAUGCUAA